UAUAUUGAAUUUUUUUUUGCUUUUCUUCUUGUGUUAUUAUACCAAAAACUUUUUUUUUAUAUAUAAUUGACUUUUAAUGAACUUCUAUAUUAAUAUGAAAAGAUAUAAAUAAAUAAAAAGCAAAAAAAAAAAGAACAACAACAAACAGAAGAGGAGAGAGAAAAAAAAUAUUUAUGGCAUAAAAGACGAAUUUUUCUCAAUAUUUUUUAUAACUUUUUUAUUUAAUGAUCUGUGAUAUUAUUUUACUGUUAUCUAGUAAUGAAUUAAAACACAAAACUUUUAUAUUUAAAAAGAAUAUUUAAAAACCAAAAAUAGUUAAACUAAAAUUAUAAAAACUUUAAUUUAAAUUGUGAAAAAUUGUUGUGUUGUUCUCUUUUAUUCUCCGUUUAUAAUUUAUAAAUAUUUUUAUUAAGUAUAACAAAUUAAAAAUAAAAAAAAAAUUCUUCUGGAGAAUGAAAUGUUUAUGUAGGGCAUAAUAUUAAAUCCCAACAACAAAACAACUAAAUAAAUUUGAAAAAAAUAUAAAAUUCAACAAGAAAAAUAAAUUAAGAAAACAAAAACAAUUCCUGCAUUUAUUGAGAAUAACAACAAAUAAGUGAUAAAAAAAAAAAAAAACAAUAGCAACACACAUUCUUUACGAUUAUCAUAAAACAAGGACAACAAUAAUAAAAAUUUUUUUACUAUGUUUCGAGCAUAUGGUUCAAUACCGAGUUGUGGUGGAAGUAUAGGUGGUGGUGUAGGCAGUGGCGGUGGUGGUAUUGGUAACAUUGGUCUUAAUUUAAAUGAUAGAACAACAAAUAGUAUUUUAAAUAGUUCUAUAGAUGUUAUGCCAUGGAUAACGGCAGCAACUACAACAACAUCAUCAUCAUCAUCAUCACCAUCAUCAACAUUAAUAAAUCGAUCUAAUAUUAUAACAACAGCAUUAAAAAAUAAUUUAAAUGGAAAUAAUAUUGAUGGAAUUUUUUUAGAUCAAAAAAAGAAAUCUUCAGCAAUAAUAAAUUCAAGGACAUUAACUGGAACAAUUACAACCACAAAUACAACAACAACAGCAACAGCAAUAACAGAUCAUAAUAAUAAAAAUAGUAAUAAUUUCAAAAAUAAUACUAAUAACAAAACUAAUAAUAAUAGUAGUACUAAUAUUACUGGUAUUAGCAAUAAUAAUAAUAAUCAUAACAGUAGUAAUAAUGAUAUAUUAAAUGCAGCUAUUAUUAAUUCAGCUGAUAAUGAAACAUCAUUAUUAUUGAGUACAUUGGCUAAAGAAUUUCAAUUUCAAUUUAAUUGUGAUAGUAAUUAUUGUAAGGAGAUAAGUGCUAUUAUCGAUAGUGAUAUAUUUAAGGAUGAUGCUCUUAAAGGAUUUCUGAAUUGCAACUCGAACACUUUGCAAUCUCUGGCACAUUUACAUCAUGGUAAACCCUAUUUUGAUGAUCACAUUACUGAAGAAACAGGCGCCUUUGUUGAUGGCAAUAAUUUAACUUUGAAUUCACCAUCUCGUUCAUCACCCCAUUCUCAAGGAUCUGAAGUAACUGAAAGAUAUUCAAGAAAAGUUUUUGUUGGAGGAUUACCACCUGACAUUGAUGAAGAUGAAAUAACAACAUCCUUCCGUCGUUUCGGUCCAUUAGUUGUUGACUGGCCACAUAAAGCUGAAUCAAAAUCAUAUUUUCCACCAAAAGGAUAUGCUUUUCUCUUAUUUCAGGAUGAAAGUAGCGUUCAACAAUUAAUUGAAGCUUGUAUAACUGAUGAAGAAAAAUUAUAUUUAUGUGUCUCAUCACCAACAAUUAAAGAUAAACCAGUUCAAAUCAGACCAUGGCGUUUAGCUGAUGCUGAUUUUGUAUUGGAUGCUUCUAUGCCAUUAGAUCCAAGAAAAACUGUAUUUGUUGGUGGAGUUCCCAGGCCACUUAAAGCUGUUGAGUUGGCUAUGAUAAUGGAUCGUUUAUAUGGUGGUGUCUGUUAUGCUGGUAUUGAUACUGAUCCAGAAUUAAAAUAUCCUAAGGGUGCUGGUCGUGUUGCUUUUGCAAAUCAACAAAGUUAUAUUGCAGCAAUAUCAGCACGUUUUGUUCAAUUACAACAUGGUGAUAUUGAUAAACGUGUUGAAGUUAAACCAUAUGUUCUUGAUGAUCAAAUGUGUGAUGAAUGUCAAGGUCAAAGAUGUGGCGGAAAAUUUGCUCCAUUCUUUUGUGCAAAUGUCACUUGCCUUCAGUAUUACUGCGAGCAUUGCUGGGCAGCCAUUCAUUCACGUCCAGGCCGUGAAUAUCAUAAACCUCUAGUCAAGGAGGGUGCCGAUAGACCAAGAGCUGUACCAUUUCGUUGGUGUUAACGUAGAAUAUAAUUUCGUUCAAAAUAAAUAAAAAUUAAAAAACGAAAUCAGAAAAUAUUGCAGAAAAGCUGCUGCUUUAAUGAAAAAUUUAAAUGAAAAGAAAAACCAAACCAUAAUAACAAAUAAAAAAGAAAAUGCUAUGAAAUAAAAAAAAAAUUAAAAUUAAUGAACAACAUUAAAAUAAUAAUGAUAUAUAUAUAUAUAUAUAUAUAUAAUUACCACCCCCACCAUCAUCGUCACCGCUCCGAAUGAUAAUAAUUAAAUUAAAAAGAAAAAGCAAAAUAGAAAAAUAAAAAAAAAACCAAAACAAAAAAGAA